GGAGAGGAGGGGGGUGAGAUAGAGGCAGAGGGAGGGCUGUGCUUUCAGUACUCUCAGAGUUGCGCUCAGAGCACUUGGAACACACACUGCUUGUUACACACUCAUCUCGGACUGGAAGAGUCCAUGGCUGCUGCAUUGCCCUGCAAACACUGCUACACAAAGAGAUAGCCCACCAUGAAGAGAGGCAAGAUCUGUACAGAGGAAAACUAAAUGGGAUUUGCAGCUUUGCAGUGAUAACUUCACAGAUACACCCUGCAGUUCACUUUCGCUGGAAUUCCCUUCGGAGACAAUGGAUACUUACAAAAGAGAGAUGGAAAUCCUAAGCAAUAGCAUUGCAGCAUAUGCUCACAUUCGAGCUAACCCUGCAUCUUUUGGCCUCUACUUUGUCCUUGGCGUCUGCUUUGGGCUGAUUAUAACGCUUUGUCUGCUUGUUAUCCGAAUCUCCUGUAAGCCUCGGACCCCAAGCAUUCCUCCCAAACCAAAAAAGUCACCUCCUAAAGAUUGUGUGAAGGAGCCUCUGUCUGUGGUAGGAGAUGAGGAGGACCCAGAAAGUGAUGACAAUGAGGAAACCUUCAUCCUCAAUCCUGUAACAGUGGCACCAUUGAACAACCAGUCUUCAGCCGAUGGAACUCUGACAGUGAAUGUUUUCACAUCGGCAGAAGAAUUGGAGAGAGCCCAAAGGUUGGAAGAAAGAGAAAGGAUUAUCCGUGAGAUCUGGCGUAAUGGGCAGCCUGAUAUACUUGGCACAGGAACUGGCACUAUAGGCCGUGUACAUUACUAUUAAUGGACAAAGGGGAACGUUAUCUACAUUUUGUUAACUGUGGUGCCAGAUAGCAUGAUGCUCUGGUUUACUAAAAUGGCAUAAGCUACAUACAUCAUCAAUUACCAUUUCUGGUAAUCUGUGAGCCAGUAGUUGGUUUUUACUAAUAGUAAAAUCAUAAGUGGUGCAGCUGUCUUACCUGGAUGGUGCUUUAGUAAAUCUAGAUGAAUUAGACAAACUAGUUGCCUUUUUGACUGAAGAGCUGUCAAUUCUGGCUUCAUGGACUGUGUGAGAAACAACCACAUUCGCACAGGACUUACGUUGAUCAAGUGUCUUUGUUGAGAAGACAGAGGUUCAGACUUGUACUUAACUGGUUUGGCCAAGUAUUCAUAAGCAGGGAAACAUCAGGGAUAGUCGCUAUUUGGUCAGACUAGAUUUGUAACUUGGUUGGAAUUGGUACUCAGGUCAGACCUUUUUGUGCAUCUCACUGGAAUUUAUUUGUAUCAGUGGCCAACUGGGCUUGCACUCUCGCUGGUGUCUCCAUUAUUUGUUUUGCUAACUGUGAGUGUAAAACCUUGUGAAGCUUCAUGGGCCUGUAGUUAUCCUGUCUGCACCUAGCAGGAAGUUUAACAAACAAUGAUGCUGACCUUUGAAGUAGCAGAUAGCUGGAGGAGGAGGAUGCUUUGAGUUAUGCUUCAUACUAGGACCAGUAACACCAACAAAACAAAAAUUCUAAAUUGUUUAUUUGAAUUGUUACUCGUGAUCUCUAGCCUGUACAUGUAGAAAUUAAUUCUUUACAGCAGAAUUACUGGUGUUUUUACUAUCUGGCAUUCCAGAGUCUGUUGUGCUCAAUGAAUAUUUAGGUAUUGCGUAUCCAUAACUUUAGUCUAGAUGUCCCACAGAAAGAAAACCGUUUUUAAAUAAAAACACUGACCAAUUGUAAAAAUGUUAUAACAUUUGCAAAUAUGCAUACUAAGAGAAAACUAUGUGUAAAUGAAUACCAGAUAUUUUCUAGUGUUACUGGCUCAUAAAAUGGUUAGAUUGUAUGCCUUUUCUGAUAGGCCCAGAGAAUAUCUUCCUUGGCCAGUUAAUUCUGUUUGAAAUAACAUACAUUUCUAAAUACAGAAUACGCUUACUGUACUGUAGGUGUGUGAAUGGUACAGCAUUCUCUUUGCUAGAAAAACAAAAUCAUACAAUCUGCCAUACUCACAUUUUAGAAUGGUCCAGUGUAGGAAGCAAGGCAUCAUUUUUUUCUUGAUGCCUGGACCAAGACUUGAAUUGAGUUAAGGGAGGGGGUAGGUAUUUAACUCUCAAAAUAUACUGGAUUCUGUUUGAUAAGAAUAUAUGUGCCUUAUAAGGAUAGCCCCUUUCUCUUGGCACAUUAUAAGUUUUAUCCCAGAAGCAGCAGAGUGCUAAGGCUAACUUUUCUGAACCGGUUAACACAUAUGAGUUUUAGGACUUUCUGGCCCCAUAAUUUAAGAACAUCUGUUUUUAUUUCUGUUCCCCCGCAGUGUGGGAAUACUGGUGCUCUAAAUUUCAUUCCUGAAUCUCCCCUGAGGAUAGAGAGAACAUUCCACAUUAACAUUAAACACUGCCACACGAGAAAAUGCAGGAAGUGAAGUUUUUUCACUUAAUUUAAACUGCUGGAGUGUGUGUUUUUGUAAAUAGGGCAUUGCUUGGAUAGUUCAAACAGUGAGGUCAGAAAAGUGUAACUUCUGUUAUUUCUGUGUGUGUGGGGAAACUAUUAGCAUGGGUAUGAACAUAAUGGAAGAGGUUUCUUUCCAUGUAGUCUAUGUUAUAGACAUAUGUGUUCCACUGCUUUUGGGGGUAUAUGGGAUAUUUGUUCACUGCGUGUCUAUGGCAAACAUAGAAAACAUUCAGCUUGUACUAUGUUUCUGCCUCUGGCACAGCUACCUGGAGUGCCUAUCCAUUAUGCACCUCUGUGCAAUAGAAUGUAUUCAGAAGAGGUCAUUGGAAAGUGAUUUUCUGUUCAUUAAAUGGAGGUGAGGUGAUUGCUAAGGGGCCUAUUUAUUAUGUUGUGUAAAAGGCAAUUUGCAGAAAAAACUGUGAAAAAAGAUGUGUAAAAUAAAUGGCGAAUUUUUCAAGGUGUGUUUUAUUUUACCCCAUGCGAAUUCCUGAUUUGCCGCCGUUAUUUUACACUGCUUCAGGCCUUUGUAUAAAAAAAAGACACAAUUUUCCCGCCGUUUUUUACAUGGCGAUGUGUGGCAAAUUACUCCGCCGUUUUUUACAUAGCAUAAUAAAUAUGUCCCUUAAAGCGUCCUAAUGUUUGUGCUUGUGUGAUGGAAUUACCAUCAUGUUUGUAUAUAAAAGAGAGUUGUAGGAGGUUCUUUUUUUCUCUCAUUAAAGUAGGUGAGUGAUGUUG